UCCUGCAAUUAGACAAACAGAUAAGGGAGGGAGGGAGACAGAGAAGAAGUACAAGAAUGGCGGCGGCGUCGUCGUUUCAACCCCGCCUUCUCUCUACCUUUGUCGGGGACACUAGUUUCUUCUACUCGGCGAACUCACUACAUCGCCUCUUCAGCUGCAAUCCAGGAAGUAAACAUGCGUCGAUGCAAAUGUCCAGAACAUUUUCGGGAUUGACAAAUCUUUUAUUUAACAGAAGAAACAUUGAUGCUAUUGCCAAUGGCAAACGUGCACGUUUGAAGCCAGGCAAAGUCUCUCCUUGUAGACCAGUUCCUGAUCACAUACUGAGGCCUCCAUAUGUGAAUUCUAGAAAACCCCCUGGAAUUUCUAGUGGACCAGAAGUGCAUGAUAAAAAGGGGAUAGAAAGGAUGAGAGCUUCAGGAAGGCUUGCAGCACAGGUCCUUCAGUAUGCCGGGACUUUAGUCAAGCCAGGCAUCACAACAGAUGAAAUUGACCAAGCUGUUCACCAAAUGAUCAUCGACAAUGGAGCAUACCCAUCACCGCUUGGUUAUGGUGGAUUUCCAAAGAGUGUAUGCACUUCUGUGAAUGAGUGCAUUUGUCAUGGAAUCCCUGAUUCACGACCACUUGAGGAUGGUGAUAUAAUCAAUAUUGAUGUUACGGUGUAUCUAAAUGGUUACCAUGGUGAUACAUCAGCCACAUUCUUUGUUGGAGAUGUUGACGAGGAGGCCAGAAACUUAGUGCAGGUAACUAAGGAUUCCUUGGAUAAGGCAAUAUCAAUUUGUGCCCCUGGAGUGGAAUUUAAAAAAAUUGGCAAGACAAUACAUGACCUUGCAGAUAAACAUAAUUAUGGCGUUGUACAACAAUUUGUUGGCCAUGGUGUGGGACGUGUCUUUCAUAGUGAUCCAGUCAUUCUACAUUACAGAAACAAUGGUCGAGGGCGCAUGGUUCUCAAUCAGACAUUCACUAUCGAACCGAUGCUGACAGUUGGCAGCAUACAGCCUAUAAUGUGGGACGACGACUGGACUGUUGUUACAGAAGAUGGUAGCCUGUCUGCACAAUUUGAACACACCAUUCUAAUAACACAAGAUGGUGCUGAGAUUCUUACACAGUGUUAAUAAGGUAGCAGAAGAUAAGUUGAAGGUGGCAUUCUUUCAAGUAUAAACUUUUUCAUUAUACAAUUGGAUUGAGAGCUUGCAACUAGUAAAAAUUAUUUGGUGUUAAGAUAAGAUUACUCUAUGAGAAAACAGUAUUCAUUAUUUUAAAUUAGAUGCAUCUGUUAUCUAAA